UUUUGCUUCUUUUCUUCACUUUGUGAUCGAACCGACUUAACUCGCCUGCUUGGAUUUGUCCGGACUUUUUAGGGUUUCUUCUCUCCCUUGGUGUGCCCUUCAUUCAGAACCCUAAUCGUUUGCCAGAUCUAAGCAACACUUGUGUUAAGAAAAGCUUCGGUUUCCAUUUCACUUUACCAGAAAACUUUCAUGUCUGACCUCGACCUCCAGAUUCCCACUGCUUUUGACCCGUUUGCUGAAGCUAAUGCUGAGGACUCUGGUGCUGGAUCAAAAGAAUACGUUCAUAUUCGUGUUCAACAGAGAAAUGGUAGAAAAAGCUUGACAACUGUUCAAGGGUUGAAAAAAGAUUUUAGCUACAAUAAGAUUUUGAAGGACCUUAAAAAAGAGUUUUGCUGUAAUGGCACUGUUGUUCAAGAUCCUGAACUAGGCCAGGUCAUUCAACUUCAAGGUGACCAGAGAAAGAACGUCUCUGCCUUUCUUACUCAGGCAGGAAUAGUGAAAAAGGAUCAUAUCAAGAUUCAUGGAUUUUAAGGAGUGUGGUGUCAGGGCUAUGGUGAGCAAUAUAAUCAAGUGUACUUGUUAUGGAUAUGAAGAAGUUAACAUGUUAUCUUUGCUAUUAUAUGGUGUGAUUGCGAAUCUAGUAAAGACAAGAUUAUGAAAAUGUUUUUUACAUUCUGACAUUAAGAAUAUAAUAAUAAUGACUGAACAAUGAAAAGAUAUUAUCACAUGCCGCAUUUUAUUAUAUAUGUUUUUUAUACAGUU